AGACGCUACUUUGUAUUACAGUUCAAACGCUUACGCUCUUCAGAAAAAUCGAGUGUGAAAAAAUCCAAAUUAUCAAUACUCUACUAGUGCGUUAUGUACCAUAAAUAAUAACAAUUAUAAUCAUUAAUCAGUUAUAGUAUAAAAAGUUAUAUAAAAGUUUUAAUGUGAUAAUUUAUUGGUGACAAAGAAUUUUAUGAUGCCUAUUUUAUACAGUGCUGUGGCUUGUGAUAAUAAAUUCGCCAUAAAUUUUGCAUCGUGCAAUGGAAACUUCACGGAGAUCGCGGAACAAGUGCUAACGAAGGUCCCGUCGCGAAAUCAUAAGAUGACAUACGCUCAUGGACCCUACUUAUUGCAUUACAUAGUACAGGAUAAAUAUUUCUACUUUUGUAUAACGGAUAAAACGUGUCAACGAUCAAGAGCAUUUCUUUUCCUAAACGAAAUACAGAGAAGGUACGAUGAAAGUAGUAAAGAUAACUUCGUAACUGUAUUGGCAACGGAAAUGUAUAGAUACAACGAAGAUUAUAGCACAAUAAUUAUCAGGAAAGGAGAAUUAGACGAGCUAAAUACUAUAGGAGUUGACAGUAGUGAAAAUAUAUUGGGAGAGAAAAUACUUUUCGUAAACAAUCCGGACAACCUUUCAUACAGUACCGUUUCGUACGUGGGCAAGGAUCCGGAACGAAUAUCGAUAUCAGUACAGAGCCCACGUUUACACGUCAUAUUUAUCGGCAUUUUCAUACUAGUGCUGCUCGAGCGUUUUAUUUUCGGCCCUGCGUCUUGUGUCUUAAUUGCACUGGUCGCGGUGUUCACGUACGUGCAAUCUAUGUUACACGCCAAAAAUAAAGUCGACAAGUCUAGACCGCUGAACGAUUGAUGUGUGCUAGAUUUACUGAGUGCAUUUCGCAAUGUACCUACUGUUUUAUUUUCGUGCAUUGUUCUCGUUUGACGGAGGUAAUAAAGAAUUUUUCAUAA